UGGAGGAGGACGGCCGCGACCAGGGGCCCGCGAGCGGGGCGACGGCGGAGCGGAGUGUGUGCAGACGCGCAGCGAGUGUGGUGUAAAGGAAUUCAUUAGCCAUGGAUGUGUUCAUGAAAGGACUUUCAAAGGCCAAGGAGGGAGUUGUGGCUGCCGCUGAGAAAACCAAACAGGGUGUGGCAGAGGCUGCAGGGAAGACAAAAGAGGGUGUUCUCUAUGUAGGUUCCAAAACCAAGGAGGGAGUUGUUCAUGGUGUGACAACAGUGGCUGAGAAGACCAAAGAGCAAGUGACAAAUGUUGGAGAGGCAGUGGUGACAGGUGUGACAGCAGUCGCCCAGAAGACAGUGGAAGGAGCGGGGAGCAUUGCAGCCGCCACCGGCUUCGUCAAAAAAGACCAGCAAGGCAAGAGUGAAGAAGGAGCCCCACAGGAAGGAAUUCUGGAAGCUAUGCCCAUGGAUCCUGACAGCGAAGCUUAUGAAAUGCCCUCGGAGGAAGGGUAUCAAGACUAUGAACCCGAAGCCUAAGAAAGACCUUUGCUCCGUUUCUUCAGAUCUGCUGAUAGAUGUUCCAUCCUGUACAAGUGCUCAGUUCCAAUGUGCCCAGUCAUGACAUUUUCUCAGAGUUUGUACAGUGUAUCUUGAAGUCUUCCAUCAGCAGUGAUUGACGCAUCCGCACCUGCCCCCACCCAGCAUCUCGGUGCUUCCCUCUCACUGAAGUGAAUAUAUGGUAGCAGGGUCCUUGUGUGCUGUGGAUGUUGUGGCUUCAAAUCUAAAAUGUUAAAGCAAAUUAAAAACACCUAAGUGACUAUCACUUAUUUCUAAAUCUUCACUAUUUUUUUGUUGCUGUUGUUGAAAAGUUGUGAGUGACUAUCACAUAUUCUAAGGUUUUUAGGUGUCUUUUAAUGAUUUUUCUGUCUAUGAAUUGAUGUAUUGUGAAAUUUGUUAAUAUAUACAAUAUAUAAAAAUGUGAGCAUGAAACUAUGCACC